UCAAUUCCCAUCCAUUAUCAAAGAAUUAACCCCACACUUUGAUUGAACAUUGCCCAUCACCCCCAUCACAUUUCAUAUAGCUUGUCAAUCAAAAGCAGAAGGCAAAAAUGGCAGAUAACCCCCAAGACCAAGAGGAGAGGGAGAGAAUCUUCAAAAGGUUUGACACCAAUGGGGAUGGGAAGAUAUCAUCAACGGAGCUGGGCGAUGCCCUAAAAACAUUGGGUUCUGUUUCAGCAGAUGAAGUUCAGCGUAUGAUGCAGGAGAUUGACACGGAUGGCGAUGGUUUCAUUUCAUUUGAUGAAUUUGCAGACUUCCACCGUGCCAACCGUGGCUUGAUGAAGGAUGUUGCUAAGGUUUUUUAAUUUCUUUUAUAUUUAUUUUUAUAUAAAUAUGUGUUGUUUUUUCAUAUUUGUUUUUGCUUUCACCCCCAACCCCAAGAGUUGCAGUCGCCAUUUUGAUGUGUCUCAUUUUUGUUUUCUUUGUUAUAAUGUAAUAGAAUUGUGUUGGAAGUUUCCUAAGCAUCACGUGUAA